UCAUAUAAAGCCAGGCAUCUGGCUCCUCCGCCGCCGCCACCGAAUAUCGCCAUUAAUCCGCCUUCCGCGUCUCUCCGGCUCCCGCCGCGGCCCUGACGGCUGAGCGGGGACUCUGACCGGGUCACUGUAGGCCUCACAGCCGAGCGGGGAGAGAAGGGCAGCCGGGCCGGGGCCAUGCGCUAGCUCUAUCCGCUCUCCUGGGGGCUCAGGCCGGACUGAACGCUCACUCCAGCCCCCGGCUGCUCGCGAGGCCCUCGGAGCCCGUCACCAUCCGCUGCUGUUUGCGCCGUGCGGCUGCUGGUCGGUGCCCGUUACAGAGCGAGCCGCCCUCCGGCUCGGCAUGGCCGUGUCCAGGUUAGAUCGUCUGUUCAUUUUACUGGAUACUGGAACAACUCCAGUUACAAGAAAGGCAGCUGCCCUGCAACUUGGUGAAGUGGUAAAGCUCCAUCCACAUGAGCUUAGCAAUCUGUUAAACAAAGUCCUGAACUAUCUGAGGAGUCCUAACUGGGAUACACGCAUUGCUGCAGGGCAAGCUGUGGAAGCCAUUAUAAAACAUGUACCAGAGUGGAAUCCAGCACAAAGGCUAAAGAGAGAACUUGGAUCAGAAUGUUCAAAUGAGGAUUCAUCCUCUGACCGUCUAAGUUUUGACAGAUUUGAUAUAUCGCGAUUGUUGAAACAUGGCGCCUCGCUCCUGGGUUCUGCCGGCGCAGAAUUUGAAGUCCAAGAUGACAAGUCAGUUGCCGAAACUGACCCCAAAGAGAGACGAGCACGACAGAAAAAACUGUUGCAGAAGAAACUGGGUCUUGACAUGGGAGCAGCUAUCGGGAUGAAUACUGAAGAGUUAUUUAAUGAUGAAGAUUUGGACUAUAUGCCAACAGCCGCCGUUGCAAAUAAAACUACUCUGCAGGCCGCCGAAAUUAUUGAUUCAGAAUUUCUACCAGGAAUGAGCAACCGGCAGAAAAAUAAGGCUAAACGAAUGGCAAAGCUAAUAGCGAAGCAAAAAUCAAGAGACACAACCGAAUCAAACGAGAAAAGUGAUAGCAAUGACGGAGAGCCUGAAGAAAAGAGGAGAAAAGUGACCAAUGUUGUAAUCAGCCAGCCAGCUACAGAGUCGAAGGUCCUGAUAGACAAUGUACCUGAUAACUCUGCUCCAUUCGAUGAGACACAUGAGUGGCCCUUGGAGAGUUUUUGUGAAGAGCUUUGUAAUGAUCUCUUUAACCCAUCAUGGGAGGUAAGGCAUGGUGCCGGCACAGGGCUCCGUGAAAUUCUCAAAGUACAUGGUCGAAGUGGAGGAAGAAUUCCAGACAGUACUCCUGAGGAGAUGGAGCAGCAACAUCAAGAAUGGCUUGAAGACUUGAUCAUUCGUCUCCUGUGUGUGUUCGCUUUGGACAGAUUUGGGGAUUUUGUUUCAGAUGAAGUUGUUGCUCCAGUUCGGGAAACCUGUGCUCAAACAAUGGGGGUGGUUCUACGGUAUAUGAGUGAGAGUGGAGUGCAUAAAACAGUGAAGGUUCUGCUGCGACUCUUAACACAAGAACAAUGGGAAGUGCGACACGGAGGUCUGCUGGGGAUAAAGUAUGCACUUGCAGUUCGUCAGGAUUUAAUUAAGGCUUUGUUACCUAAAGUUCUUCCGGCAAUAACUGAAGGUCUUCAGGACCUUGAUGAUGAUGUGCGUGCUGUAGCGGCUGCCUCUCUAGUUCCUGUAGUGGACAGCCUUGUCAAGCUGCAGUUCAAGCAGGUGCCCUCCAUUCUGAGCACACUGUGGGAUGCUCUUCUAGAGCUGGAUGAUCUCACUGCUUCCACAAACAGUAUCAUGACACUCCUGUCAUCCCUUCUAACAUACCCUCAGGUUCAACAGUGCAAUAUUCAACAGUCACUUACUAUAUUGGUUCCUCGAGUAUGGCCUUUCUUACGUCAUACAAUUUCAUCUGUUCGAAGGGCUGCCCUGGAAACAUUAUAUACUUUGUUAUCAACUCAGGAUCAGAAUUGUUCGGGAUGGCUGAUACCCAUUCUGCAAGAGAUGCUGCGGCAUAUAUUUCAGAUCUGUAUUUUAGAGAGCAACCAAGAAAUUCUGGAUCUAAUAAAAAAGGUGUGGCUAGAGCUAAUUAAAAAAGCGUCUGUGCAGUUUGUGGUUGCUGCCGCUUGCCCUUGGAUGGGAGUUUGGCUCUGCUUAAUGAUGCAGCCCUCACAUUUACCUAUUGAUUUAAACAUGCUCCUCGAGGUUAAAUCUAAAACAAAGGAAAAAGCUGGAGGGAAACUGCGACUAGGUUUUUGCCAAACUAAGGAAAUUACCCAGGAACACAUUGCUGGGUCCGACAGCGUUAAUGAUGACUCUGCCACAAGAGAUUAUGUUGUCAUAAGAGCUCGCGUGACAGCAGCAAAGUUAUUGGGUUCAUUGUGUUGCUGCAUUUGUGAUCCGAGUGUAAAUACAGAGUCCCAGGAAAUAAAGCCUGCGGAGUCACUGGCCCAGCUGCUUCUCUUCCAUCUGAACUCCAAGUCUGCCCUGCAGAGGAUCAGUGUUGCACUACUUAUUUGUGAGUGGGCUGCAUUGCAAAAGGAAUGUAGGUCUUUAGUUUACGCUGUGCAGCCGCGCUUGCUUGCAGUACUCUCCGAGCACUUGUAUUACGAUGAGAUUGCAGUCCCUUUCACCCGAAUGCAGAAUGAAUGCAAACAGCUCAUAGCAUCCCUGGCAGAUGUAAAUAUUGACAUUAGGAGCAAAGUGACUAGCAGUGUAUUUACCAUCGACCAAGCCAGUGAUUUGGUGAAUACAGUAUUUAAAGAGGCAACGGCCUCUCUUCCCGCAAGUGGUAGUCCUUUCCAACAAUUGGAUGGGAAAAGGCAGCAGGUACAAAUGACUGUAGCGGAAACCAACCAGGAGUGGCAAGUUCUGCUACUUAGAGUCCACACAGUCGCUGCUUGUGCCAUUGUGAACUUUAUGCAGCUUCCAGAGAAACUGAACCCAGUCAUCAAACCAUUAAUGGAGGCAAUAAAGAAAGAGGAUAAUGCAGUUCUGCAGACCUAUGCAGCACUGUGCAUAGCUAAACUCCUGCAACAAUGCACUCAGCGAACUCCGUGUCCCAAUCCGAAAAUUGUUAAAAAUCUCUGCAGUUCACUUUGUGUGGAUCCUAACAUUACACCUUCUGUUACAUGUCCAGCACCUGCUCUCAACAACGUGGAGAAUUCAAAAGCAGGUCCAAAUGCUGACAAAGAGGGAAUGUAUCAUUCAGUCACCAAGCUCAGAGGAAUAAUUACAUUGUAUAGACAUCAACAAGCAGCAUUUGCAGUCACUAGCAGACGAGGUCCAACCCCUAAAGCAACAAAAUCCCAGGGGCAGGACCUGUCAGUUGGGAGCAGCAGUCAUACAUCCCCAGAGUCUGAAGACGCCCAGAAAAAUUAUCUCAUUCAGAGAAGAGGAGCAGAAUUCACCUUGUCCACAAUUGGAAGACAUUUUGGAUCUGACUUGAUGAAAGCAUUGCCCCAAGUCUGGGAAGCUAUGGUUGGCCCUCUGAGAUCAAACAUUAACAUCGAUAACUUUGAUGGGAAAGUACUGCUAGAUAAAGGAGAUGAUCCAGCUCAGGAAUUGGUGAACAGUCUUCAAGUGUUUGAAGUCACGGCAGCGUCAAUGAACACAGAACUUCACCCUCUGUUAUUACAGCAUCUACCCCAUCUCUUCAUGUGUCUGCAACACCCUUAUACUGCAGUAAGACACAUGGCAGCGCGAUGUGUUGGAGUUAUGAGUCGAAUUGCUACCAUGGAAACUAUGAACACCACCUUGGAGAAAGUUCUGCCAUGGCUUGGAGCGAUUGAUGAUAAUACGAAGCAGGAAGGAGCUAUUGAAGCAUUAGCCUGUGUUAUGGAGCAGCUAGAUGUUGGAAUAGUCCCGUACAUUGUGUUACUGGUGGUACCAGUCUUGGGAAGAAUGAGUGACCAGACAGACAGCGUGCGCUUUAUGGCCACCCAGUGCUUUGCUACAUUAAUCCGGCUGAUGCCAUUAGAGGCCGGCAUUCCAGAUCCUCCCAGUAUGUCAGAAGAGUUAAUCAAACAAAAAGCCAGAGAACGCAGCUUCUUGGAACAACUUUUGGAUGGAAAGAAACUGGAGAACUAUAAAAUUCCUGUUCCCAUAAAAGCGGAGCUCAGGAAAUAUCAACAGGACGGUGUAAAUUGGUUGGCCUUCCUGAACAAGUACAAGUUGCAUGGCAUCCUCUGUGAUGAUAUGGGUCUGGGAAAAACGCUGCAGUCUAUAUGCAUUCUUGCUGGGGAUCAUUGUCUCAGAUCUCAGGAGUAUUCAAAGAACAAAUCUGCAGACCGCAUACCCCUUCCAUCUUUGGUUGUUUGUCCACCGACCUUGACCGGACACUGGGUGGAUGAAGUAGAAAAAUUCUGCUCAAACGAUUAUCUCAAUCCAUUGCAUUACACGGGGCCCCCAACUGAAAGAGCGCGGUUACAGCAGCAAGUGAAAAGGCACAAUCUUAUAGUAGCAUCAUAUGAUGUGGUCAGGAAUGACAUAGAAUUUUUCAGAAAUAUGAAGUUUAAUUACUGCAUCCUCGAUGAAGGUCAUGUUAUAAAAAAUGGAAAAACAAAAUUAUCAAAAGCUGUAAAGCAGCUGACGGCAAAUUACAGAGUUAUACUCUCUGGAACCCCAAUUCAGAAUAAUGUUUUGGAGCUCUGGUCAUUGUUUGAUUUCCUCAUGCCUGGGUUUCUUGGCACUGAGCGCCAGUUUGCGGCACGUUAUGGGAAACCAAUACUGGCGAGUAGAGAUGCUCGAAGCUCGUCACGUGAACAAGAAGCAGGGGUCCUUGCAAUGGAAGCGUUGCAUCGUCAAGUUCUACCAUUUUUGCUGCGUCGGAUGAAAGAGGAUGUAUUGCAAGAUCUGCCUCCUAAAAUCAUUCAGGAUUAUUACUGUAAUUUGAGUCCUUUGCAGGUGCAACUCUAUGAAGAUUUUGCUAAAUCGCGUGCUAAAACAGACUUAGAAGAAACUGUAUCCACAACUUCCGUGGCUGAGGAGACUGAGAAACCAAAGCACAAAGCUACAGGACAUGUCUUCCAGGCACUGCAAUACUUGCGCAAACUAUGCAACCACCCUGCACUAGUUCUUACUGCACACCAUCCAGAGUAUAAAAAAAUAUCCGAACAGCUGACUACACAGAAUUCCUCACUGCGAGAUAUUCAGCACGCUCCCAAACUAUCGGCAUUGAAACAGCUAUUGCUAGACUGUGGAUUGGGCAAUGGUGGCGCCACAGACGGUGGCACAGAAGCAGUUGUGGCUCAACACAGAAUAUUGAUCUUCUGUCAGUUAAAAAGCAUGCUGGACAUAGUGGAACAUGACCUCCUGAAGCCACACUUGCCUUUUGUGGCAUAUCUACGGCUUGACGGGAGUAUUCCUGCUGGUCAAAGACAUUCCAUAGUCUCCAGGUUUAAUAAUGAUCCCUCAAUAGAUGUGCUCCUUCUCACCACCCACGUAGGAGGCUUGGGUCUUAAUUUAACAGGAGCAGAUACUGUAGUAUUUGUGGAACAUGACUGGAAUCCAAUGAGAGAUUUACAAGCAAUGGAUCGAGCACACAGAAUUGGACAGAAACGUGUGGUUAAUGUGUAUCGACUGAUAACAAGGGGAACGCUGGAAGAGAAAAUUAUGGGCCUGCAAAAGUUUAAGAUGAGCAUCGCGAACACUGUUAUAAGCCAAGAAAACUCCAGCCUGCAUAGCAUGGGAACAGAUCAGCUGCUGGACCUCUUUACUUUAGAUAAGGAUGGACAGGGUGAAAAGAUGGACAUAUCUGAAGCUGGUGGAAAAACAUCCAUGAAAUCUAUUCUGGACAACCUUGGAGAACUUUGGAACCAAGAGCAAUAUGAUUCCGAAUACAGUCUUGACAAUUUUAUGCAUUCUCUCAAAUAACCGGAACUGCCGCUACAUGUGCUGCUAGGUCACUUUUUUUUUCUCUUUCCCCUUUGCUGAUAUUCAGCAAAAAAAAACUUGAACAACCAGCGAAAUGAGCAUGGGAUAAUUUAAACAAAGUUCUUUUAAGAAGAAUUGGCUGGCGACUGAAAAUGGGAGGAACCGUGUCACAGGAAUUAGUCUUAAAGUAAAUAAAACAGCGGUUUGUCAGUGAGACUUGAAUCUUGCCGGCACAUUAUUCUACAGCUGGAAAAAUAUAAAAAAGCAGACUUUAUGCACUGCCAGCUGUAAUUCUGAACAUGUACUAAUAUUGUUUUCAUUUUUAUUUUAUUUUUAUGGAAUUGCUAGGAGACAUGGUUUUAUUUCAAGUGCAAAACUCGUAUUUGUGGAUUUGAACUUGAUGUUGCUGUAUCGGAUAUUGGUCAUAUUUCUUUUCUUCUUUUCCACUCCAACCUGUACACCAGCAGCGUCAAACCGCACUCAUAGAAUCGGGGGAGAUUCUGCCGAAUAUCCUUUUAUUAUGCAGUUUGACGCCUUCCAUAGUGUCCCGUGAAGCUGUGUGUCACUCAGAG